UGGCCAUAAUGCAACGCAACUUGAGUUAAGGUAAGCCAUUUUAAACGAAAAAGAAAAAAUAUUUCGAUAGUUAGAAAUUGAAGUUUCGAAUCUAACCUGAACUUGUUCACUGCUGCCUCCACGAGGAGGGAACAUGAAUUUUUGGUGCCAGUCCAAGCUUAGACUUUAAUAGAUACAAGAAGUCGCAUGACCAGCCAAACUAAUGUGCGACUUAUAGUCUAUAGGGCAGGUAUCUUGGAAACAGAGGGAAAUUUAAAAAAUAAUAAUAAAUGAAUUUGUGAUAUGCAAGGGGUCCAAUCUAGUGCCGUGUGGUUCUAAACCACUGUUACCAUAAUAAGAAAGGUCGAAUUUUUGACAUUGCUCUUUCAUGAGAUUUCUUUGGACUGCAAAUGUGUUAAACUGAAGCCGGCAAAUGUGAAUCUUAGUUAUUGCAUAUUUCAGGUGCGAAUGACACCACCUUUGGUCAUUGCCUGUGUCUGAAACUCCCCCCAAAAAGCCCUUCAGGUUUGUUUCAAGGCCACUUCCCCUUUAAGCAGAAAGGGUCAAUGCGGACACUUGGGAACGCGCAUUUCAGACGAUGAAGGGAAGGGCAAGGAAAUAAAAUAUUAACAGAAAAAGGAUUAUGAUUUAAAGCCUGAAUGUCUGCUCAAUAUUGUAGGUAUACGACAGAACUUUGAACUUUCCUGCUGAUUACUUGACAACAGUAGAAAAUUUACUUUUGAUAAGAUACAGACUAAAACCAUUAAGUCCUUACAGUUAUUUUGCAUCACAGAAAAUAUUGGAUGUGACACCCCAAAACAUCCUCUGUAUAAUAUCUGCUUCUUUCUGCACAAUUGUUCUGAUUUGUUAUGUAGAACAUUUAAAAUUAACACUUUUUUUUUUUGGUAAUGUGAUAUUAGCCAAUUUCUUUUAAUGGACGGCACUGUACUAUGUCAACAAACUAUUUGAAAAGAACAGACAUCAUUUUAAAAUCUAUACGCUCCAGUAGAGAAAAAAAAAUAUUUAACCUGGCCAACAAUUUCAAUGAAUCUUUUGUGUUUUCUACUUGUUAAUGCUUAACCAGUGCUAAAAUAGACACAUUUGCCUCCUAUAAAUCACCCGCCAAUUGCUCUUUACCCAGGUUUCAAUGUAUGCUCAGGCCUCUAUUGAGUGCACUUAAUUUAUCAGUAUUAGCUCAUCGACCUUAAAAUAACCUCUUGAAAAUCUCCAGCUACCAAUUUCUCAAAAAGGGAGACAAGAUCACGUUCACGAUGACAUUCCAACUCAAUUCACCGACAAUAUUUCCCCAAGUCCUCACAUCUCACUUGGGGUGACUUCAUUUAUCUUGCAAGACAGACAACUUUUUGUUCAAAUAUUCCUAAAGUAAGAUGAAACUACCAUCAAAGACUUUAUGAAUUAUGUUUCGUAAAAAUGUCUGGAUAUAACAAAGUGUUUCCAAUGGCAGAUCUCGAAAAGAUUGCGAAUGUAAACAGUGCCCCCCGCCCCGGCUAAAAAAAAAAAAAAAAAAAAAAAUCACAGUACAUUUUACAAGUAUUUGCAUAACAUAGGCAGCGUAAUGUAUUUUACAAGCUGUCGCCUCUUCCUAGAUCAAAAGGAACUGUUGUGGGAGUUCCUUGUACGCUUACAUUUCUAUGGUAACGUGCCAGGCACGUGAAAUGUAAUCAAUUUUGGGCGGGAAUAGCAGACAUAUCAGCCAACAAAUCAAUGUUCAAAUUAGUCCUCGGUUUGUUUGAGUGCAUGAGAAGAAAAAAAAAAAAAAACCCUUGCGUGCACUCCAAAAUGUACAUCAGAUACAGAAGUUGCCUUUAGAGCUCCUUAGGGAGGCGAUAUCUUGGCUGAUUUGAGAGAGAAUUAGAAAGAGCAUUUUUUCCAAAAUGAGGGACAUUCUUGAAAUUUCAGCACUUUCUCUUGGUUUCCUAGGCUGGAUCAUGGUUUCUGUAUCAUUGCAAGACCAGUAUUGGAAAGAAUCCAGCAAUGAAGGCAGCGUCAUUACAACCUCCACAAUAUACGAGAACUUGUGGGUGUCUUGCGCUAGUGAUUCGACUGGGAUCUAUAACUGCAGAGACUUUCCAUCCCUUUUGGCCCUACCGGGGUACAUACAAGCGUCUCGAGCAUUGAUGAUCGCCGCCAUCGUGUUCGGGACAUUUGGGCUUGUGGGAACUCUGGUUGGAAUGCAGUGCUCGAAAAUCGGAGGUGAAAACUACGUUCUGAAGGGGAGGAUUGCUGCAAUCGGAGGGGUGUUCUUCUUACUACAGGGUAUGUGUACCAUGAUUGCUGUGUCUUGGUAUGCAGCCAACAUCACCCAGGAGUUCUUUGACCAGUUCUACCCAGGGACAAAGUACGAGAUCGGAGAAGGUUUGUACAUCGGCUGGUCCUCGGCAGUACUUGCCCUGUGUGGAGGUGGUUGUCUGUUGUGCGCGUGCAGUUGUAAGGAGCCGGGUGAAAAAGUGCCUUAUCCAUACCAGCCGUCCUCCAGGGGACGUGUGCUGUCCACUACUUCCCGGUCUGCCCCCAGCAACUAUGGAAGAAAUGCAUACGUGUGACACGUUACUGGGACGAAAGUUGAGUUGAACUCAUUACAGAGCAUUUUCAAGAGGAAGAUAUGAUCAAAUAUUGAAAUGUGCAAUCAAAUCUGAAUCUUUUUUUUUUUUUGGUACUCGUUUUGAAUUAUAACUUGUAACGUUAAUGCGCUGUGAUGUUCAUGCACCCUUUCCCAUAUGCUAAAUAAAGCAGGACAGUAGUAGAGCAGUAAAGAUAACAGUAUCUUCAGAGCAAUGACAACAGUGCGCAAAUAUGAAUUGCUACUGUGCUUCAGGAACCUGCGGUGAAGUGAAAGCAAGUGAUUUUUGCAAAACAUGAUCAAGGUCGUAUUACCAUUGAUUAACUUUGUAUUUAUGAGGGUUUUUUUUUUACAUAGUAUAAAGUAGAAACGUGAGCUCAUCAGCUGUUGUGUUUAAUAUGCACACACACAUUAGGAACAUCGUGAAUUUGAUGUAUUUCGGGAAAAUAGUCAUAUUUAUGACAUAGAUAGCUGCCAUAUGAGGGAGUAAACACUUUGGUUCCUGUAAUUUUCAUUGUUUUAUAUUAAAAAAACAAGUAUAAAAAAAAGUUUGUAGUAAUUCUGACGAGGAACAGGGAACGUACAGUAUGUACAUGCUAACAAG